UGGUGCUGAGGGCGGGGCUGUAGUUGAGCCGGAACCUGAACCCCGCAGUCGCCAUGGCUGGUUCUGGGUGGGCCCGAAGCCUAAGGCCCUUUUUCCCGUGGCCUCUACACAGCCUCCUGUUGCCGCUUUUGGUUUUGCUUGGAACUCUGGCCAACAAACUUAACGUGCCUCAGGUGUUGCUACCCUUUGGCCGGGAGCCAGGGCGGGUGCCCUUCCUGCUGGAGGCGCAGCGGGGCUGCUACACUUGGCAUUCCACCCAUCAUGAUGCAGUUACUGUUGAGCCUUUAUAUGAAAAUGGCACCUUGUGUUCUCAAAGAGCUGUACUCAUUGCUGAAUCUACCCAACCGAUACGCCUCAGCAGUAUUAUUCUUGCUCGAGAAAUAGUGACUGACCAUGAGCUGCGCUGUGAUGUCAAGGUCGAUGUGAUAGACAGCAUUGAAAUCGUAUCUCGGACCCGAGAACUCUGUGUAGACGAUUCACCACUGGAGCUGAGGGUGAGAGCCUUGGAUGCUGCAGGAAAUACUUUCAGUAGCUUGGCAGGGAUGACGUUUGAGUGGAGCAUUGCCCAGGAUAACGAGUCAGCAAGAGAAGAACUGUCUAGCAAAAUUAGGAUUCUGAAAUACUCUGAAGCAGAAUAUUCUCCCCCAGCCUAUAUAGUUGAAAUGGAAAAAGAAGAGAAACAAGGAGAUGUGAUUUUGGUGUCUGGCAUCAGAACUGGAGCUGCUGUUGUAAAAGUUCGAAUUUUUGAACCAUUCUAUAAGAAAGUAGCAGCAGCAUUGAUACGUCUGCUUGUUUUGGAGAAUAUAUUUCUUAUACCAUCUCAUGAUAUUUAUCUCUUAGUAGGAGCUUUUAUUAAAUACCAGGUUGCAAAAAUGGUUCAGGGAAGAAUGACAGAAGUGAAAUUUCCCCUGGAACAUUAUACACUGGAAUUGCAAGACCAUAGAGUUGCACAAAACGGGUCUGUUUCUGAGAAAGUGGCUUUACUGGAUGAGAAAACAGCCACUGUGACUGCCUUCCAACUGGGCCAAACUAAUCUUGUCUUCGUCCAUAAAAAUGUCUAUAUGCGAUCUGUGUCUGGACUCCCAAAUUGCACCAUAUAUGUUGUAGAGCCAGGAUUUUUAGGUUUCACUGUCCAACCUGGAGGCCGUUGGAGUUUAGAGGUGGGACAGGUGUAUGUCGUUACAGUAGAAGUGUUUGAUAAAAGCAGCACAAAGGUCUAUACUUCUAAUAAUCUCAGGAUUACAUACGACUUUCCAAAGGAGUACUUUGAAGAGCAACUAACUUCUGUGAAUGGAUCUUACCAUGUAGUCAAAGCCUUGAAGAAUGGUGUUGUGGUGAUAAAUGCAUCCCUGACUUCCAUCAUUUCCCAGACUAAAGAUAUUAAGCCUGUAAAAUUUCUAAUCAAACACCAACAAGAAGUAAAGAUUUACUUCCCCAUCAAGCUGACACCCAGCUUCCUGGCAUUCCCUCAUCAUGCUAUGGGAAUGUUGUAUCGUUAUAAAGUGCAGGUGGAGGGUGGUAGUGGCAACUUUACCUGGACCUCCUCUAAUGAAACAGUGGUCAUGGUAACCACAAAAGGAGUGGUGACUGCAGGUCAGGUCAAGGGGAACAGUACUGUUUUGGCCCGAGAUGUACAAAAUCCCUUCCGAUAUGGCGAGAUUAAGAUAUAUGUCCUGAAACUGAACAAAAUGGAACUGUUACCAUUUCAUGCUGAUGUGGAGAUUGGUCAUACCAUAGAAAUCCCCAUUGCAAUGUAUCACGUAAAUAGGGAGACCAAAGAGGCCAUUGCAUUCACAGACUGCUCUCACUUGUCCUUGGGUCUGAGUAUGGAUAAGCAAGGAGUCUUUACUCUUUUCAAAGAAGGUAUUCAAAGAUCUGGAUCAGUGUACUGUUCAAGUACACACAUAACUGCCAAGUCAUUGGGCCAUAGUCUGGUGACAGUGAGUGUGACUGAAUGUGAGGAGUACUUGGAGAGCAGUGCCACAUUUGCCGCUUAUGAACCCCUAAAGGCUCUAAAUCCCAUGGAAGUGGCAUUGGUGACAUGGCAAUCUGUCAAGGAAAUGAUAUUUGAAGGAGGCCCUCGUCCAUGGAUCUUGGAACCCUCCCGAUUUUUUUUGGAGUUGAAGGUGGAAAAUUCAGAGAAGAUUGAAGUAACACAAGUCCGGCUUCCAGCUAAAAGAAAGCAGAACCAGUACAUCUACAGGGUUCUGUGUCUGGAUUUAGGAGAACAAGUUCUCACAUUUCGAAUUGGAAAUCACCCAGGUGUGCUGAACCCUAGUCCAGCUGUGGAGGCUGUGCAGGUGCUCUACAUAUGUGCCCACCCUGCCAGUAUGUCCAUCACCCCUGUGUACCAGGUGCCAGCCGGAGCCCAGCCGUGCCCUCUGCCACAGCACAACAAACAGCUGAUUCCUGUAUCAAGCCUGAGGGAUACAGUCCUAGAACUAGCAGUGUUUGAUCAACAUAGGAGAAAGUUUGAUAAUUUCAGUUCACUAAUACUAGAAUGGAAAUCCUCUAAUGAAACACUAGCCUACUUCGAAGAUUAUAAUGCAGUGGAGAUGGUAGCAAAAGAUGAUGGCAGUGGGCAGACCCGGUUACAUGGUCAUCAGGUCCUUAAAGUACAUGGGAUAAAAGGGACGGUACUCAUUGGAGUCAAUUUUGUGGGCUAUUCAGCAAAGAAAAGCCCAAAGGAAAUUUCCGACUUGCCCAGAUCUGCAGCUGUGGAACUGCUCCUGGUGGAUGAUGUAACUGUGCUGCCUGAGAAUGCUACCAUCUAUAAUCAUCCUGAUGUGAAGGAAACAUUUAACCUCGUGGAAGGGUCUGGUUAUUUUUUGGUUAACAGCAGUGAGCAAGAUAUUGUCACCAUCAUUUAUAUGGAAGCAGAAAGCUCUGUCCAGUUAAUCCCAGUGCACCCUGGAUUUCUCACCUUAGAAGUCUAUGAUCUUUGCUUGGCUUUCUUGGGCCCAGCAACAGCCCACCUCAGAGUGUCAGACAUACAAGAGCUGGAGCUCGAUUUGAUUGAUAAGGUUGAGAUAGGCAAGACUGUGUUAGUGACUGUGAGGGUUCUUGGCCCUUCCAAACGUCCAUUUCGAAAUAAAUACUUUCAAAACAUGGAGCUUAAACUGCAGUUGGCUUCUGCCAUUGUCACCCUCACGCUAAUGGACGAACAAGAUGAAUACUCUGAAAAUUAUAUCCUUCGAGCUGUCACUGUUGGGCAAACCACACUUGUAGCUAUUGCCAGAGACAAGAUGGGGAGAAAAUUCACAUCAGCUCCUCGGCAAAUUGAAGUGUUUCCUCCCUUCAGACUUGUUCCGGAGAAAAUGACACUGAUUCCAACUAACAUGAUGCAGGUAAUGUCUGAAGGCGGCCCCCAGCCCCAGUCAAUCAUUCACUUCUCCAUCAGUAAUCAGACUGUGGCUGUUGUUAAUAGGCGUGGACAGGUCACAGGCAAGGUGGCUGGCACAGCUGUGGUCCAUGGCACUAUCCAGGCAGUAAAUGAAGAUACUGGAAAAGUCAUUGUGUUUUCUCAGGAUGAAGUGCAGAUUGAAGUCGUUCAGCUGAGGGCUGUGAGGAUCCUCGCAGCUGCGACUAGACUCAUCACAGCCACUGAGAUGCCUGUUUAUGUCAUGGGAGUGACCAGUACCCAGACCCCUUUCUCAUUCAGCAAUGCCAGUCCCGGGCUCACAUUCCACUGGUCUAUGAGCAAAAGGGAUGUAUUGGACCUCGUGCCCAGGCAUUCAGAGGUGUUUCUACAGCUCCAGGUAGAGAAUAACUUUGCAAUGGUUGUCCGUACAAAAGCAGCUGGCCGGACCAGCAUCAAAGUCACUGUCCGCUGCAUGAACAGUUCCUCUGGGCAGUUGGAGGGAAAUUCGUUGGAAUUGUCUGAUGAAGUUCAGAUCCUGGUGUUUGAAAAACUCCAACUUUUCUAUCCGGAGUGCCAACCCGAGCAGAUUCUGAUGCCUAUGAACUCUCAGCUUAAACUCUACACCAACAGGGAAGGAGCUGCCUUUGUGAGUUCUCGUGUUCUCAGAUGUUUCCCUAAUUCAUCCGUCAUUGAGGAGGACGGUGAAGGACUCCUGAAAGCUGGAUCCAUUGCAGGGACUGCCGUCUUGGAAGUCACUUCCAUAGAACCUUUUGGAGUAAACCAAACAACUAUAACUGGGGUUCAGGUAGCGCCUGUGACUUACCUGCGAAUGAGCAGUCAACCCAAGCUGUACACAGCUCAAGGAAGGACCCUAUCCGCCUUUCCACUGGGCAUGUCCCUCACUUUUGUUGUUCAGUUUUAUAAUAGCAUCGGAGAGAAAUUCCACACACACAAUACUCAGCUUUACUUGGCUCUGAACAGAGAUGACUUGUUGCUUAUUGGACCAGGAAACAGGAACUACACUUACAUGGCUCAGGCUGUGAACAGAGGGGUGACAAUUGUGGGGCUCUGGGACCGGAGACAUCCAGGCAUGGCAGAUUAUAUUCCUGUUGCUGUAGAGCACGCCAUUGAGCCAGACACCAAGCUUACCUUCGUUGGAGAUGUCAUUUGCUUUAGUACUCACCUGGUCAACCAGCAUGGGGAACCUGGCGUGUGGAUGAUUUCUGCUGGAAAUAUUCUGCAGACAGACAUUGUCACUGGAGUGGGAGUGGCCAGGAGCCCAGGAACUGCAACAAUUUUUCAUGAUAUCCCCGGAGUGGUGAAAACAUACAGAGAGGUGGUGGUCAAUGCAUCAUCAAGAUUAACGCUCAGUUAUGACCUCAAGACUUACCUCACCAACACCCCCAAUUCAACUGUCUUCAAGCUGUUCAUCACCACUGGCAGAAACGGUGUCAAUCUUAAAGGGUCCUGUACUAAUAGUCAGGCCUUGGCCAUUACAGACGUCCUUCUUCCAGAGACCCUCCUGCUAUGCCACGUCCAAUUCAGUAAUACUUUGCUAGACAUUCCUGCAAGCAAAGUCUUUCAUGUUCAUUCAGACUUCAGCAUGGAAAAAGGGGUUUAUGUUUGCCUAAUCAAGGUUCGGCAGCAGUCCCAGGAGCUGCUCCAGGCCCUCAGCGUGGCUGACACCUCUGUCUAUGGGUGGGCCACACUGGUCAGCGAACGGAGCAAGAAUGGAAUGCAAAGAAUCCUCAUUCCUUUCACCCCAGCCUUUUACAUCAACCAGUCAGAACUGGUUCUAAGUCACAAACAAGACGUUGGGGAGAUAAGAGUACUGGGAGUGGACAGAGUUCUUGAGAAACUUGAGGUCUCCCCCAGCUCCCCAGUUCUAGUGGUCUCUGGCCACAGGCGCUCUCCCCUGGUGCCUGGCCUGGCCAUCUACCCUGUGAGAGUGGUCAACUUCACUUCCUUCCAGCAGAUGGCAUCACCAGUUUUCAUCAAUAUUUCCUGCGUGCUCACCAGUCAGAGUGAGGCUGUGGUAGUGAGAGUUAUGAAGGAUAAGUCUGGUGCAGGACAAUGUGCAGAUUCCGGAGUCAUCAAGCGGUUCAUCGGUUCUUACCAGAUCCUUUUCUUCACCCUUUUCGCAAUGUUGGCAUCAACAGCUUUCAUCUUUCUAGCAUACAACGCCUUCCUGAACAAGCUGCAGACCGUUCCAGUGGUUUACGUGCCCACUCUAGCAACACCACAGCCAGGUACGCUGCUGUCCUCAUCUUUCCAAGUUGCUAUGAACGCUUCAUUUACUCAACCUGUCCUCCCCUCUCCCCUUUGGCUUCUAGGUUCCUACGUUUCCCCGUGCUCUCCUCCUCCCUUCACCAAUCAACAAGCCCCACUGGCCCAGAGUCGGCUGCAGCACUGGUUAUGGAGCAUAAGGCACUAACCCGUGCUUGGCCAGGCCCCCCGGAACUGCCCUUCCCUGCCAGGCCGCCCAGCAGCACACAGCGAGGCCCCACACAGACUGUCAAUAAAGGACCCUAGACUGGGUUUGUUAUUUUUUAAUUAAAA